UUAGAUUGAGGUAAUGACACUGAGCAGGAGCGGAUCUAGGAUUCUCUCGAGGGAGCGGAUUUCCAAAGUUUUUCAAAAACUUUGUCGACUGUUUUUCAGAUUGAGUUGGCUCAAUCAUGACGGGAAGAGAAAUUAUAACUCUGCAAGUUGGCUCCUUUGCGAACCACAUCGGAACGCACUGGUGGAAUCUACACGAGUCUAACUGCUAUAGUGAAGAUGCUCCAAGAGGAAUUUUCAACUACGACAUUCUUUUUCAACGGGGUGAAAACUGGAAACGGGAGGUCACUUUCACCCCUCGUUUGUUGCUCAUAGAUGGCAAGGGGGCGCUAGGACCGACUGGUGCAGAUUAUUUUGAAAAUCUCUACAACAAUGAGACUUCAAGUGGAUUAUCUGUGGAAAAACUUAGACGCAGUCUGAACUGGGAUGGACCCGUUGACGUGGUCUCGCAAUAUGGCGAUGUUCAGGUGAAUCAAAGAAAUGAUUUUCUGAAGGCUUUGAAUGAAGAGGAAGACGAAUUUGAAACUGAAAAUAGCGAAGACAUAGACGUUUCUUGUGUUGCGUCAUCAUCUAAAUCUCCUCGGGUCGAAGUAUUGGGCAAUUCUAAAUCGAAAAAAGGAAAAGAAAUGCCUUCAAAAUCUUUUAGAGAACAAUAUUUUGAUCUUGAUGAUAAGAUAACGAAUUGGACUGAUUACUUAAAGCCAAUUUUGCAUCCGAAAAGUCUAACAACAGUUAAAGAACAUACAAACCAACAAAGCAUUUUGAACUGCAAUGAUGCUGCGCAGAAUAAAACGCCAGGAUUUGAGAGUGGGUCGGAAAUAUUUUCAUCAUAUUGGGAAGACUUAGAGCAGAAUUUGUUCUACUUGCUUGAAAAAUGUGACAGUGUACAAGGGUUCCAAGUGCUGUCAGAUGUCUAUGACGGUACUUUCGGUGGGAUUUCUUCAAGUUUAAUUGAGAGUUUUCGAGAUGAAAUGCCGAAGAAGUCAAUCUUCACCAUUGCAUGUUGUGAGCAACCGACUGAUGAUUCUGCAGUAAAAGAGUGUUUCAAGUCGAACAGAGGAACUCAUAUUGUGAAUUGUGUGUCUGCGAUUUCUUCUUUCCUCGCGAAUUCUGCUUGUGUUCUUCCAUUGUCUCUGCAAUAUGAUUGGUUCCCGAAGAACCUCGGAGUAGCGAAACGCGAGUUCAGAUGUUUUGACAUAAAAGGGAAAUGUUUCCACCAGAGCGCAGUGCUAUCUGGUAGUUUGCAUGCCGCUUUGGCGCCUUCUUAUUGUUUUGGUGAUCGAUUUGUGCCGCUGUCCGAUUACUGCAAUUUAUUAGCCUUUAAUGGAAGAAAGACUAUAGUCCAGAACAUCGACGUCGGAUACCCAAAUCAACUCAAUUCCUUGAAGUUUGACUCACUUUCACCCAUCGGAAAAAAAUUGGUUCCAGACAAUCCGGGUGACCUCGGCCUGGUAUCGACCUUCUGUGGACGUUUUCGAAAUGGUACCAGCUUGGAAUCAAUUAAAGAACAAUUAAAACUGUGCUUUAAACCCUACUCUUGCCAAGCAUUCCACGUUAAUUCCCCGAUUUUAAUUGAGUCUCCCUUUCCAUCGAAAAUAUUCGACUCAGAAGACAAUAAAACCACAGGAAGGAGAAAUAUUGAAAUGUUUACUAAUUUGGCUAACGGAUCGAACGCAAGAGACAUGCUAGCAAGUUUAGUGGACGAGAAAGAAGUUUUGAAAUCGUUGCAAGUAAGAAGUGCAUUGAAGAAUUUGCAAAUGGACUCUGAUCUUUUCAAAGAGAGAGUUGAAGAUAUCCUUACGGAAGUGGACAGAUACAGUUGAAGUAUUGCAGAAAUUAGGGAAGUACUGGGCGAAGUGAGUCGAUCUGUUUCGAAUGUAUCCACUAGACACAUCUCUGGAGCGCGAGUUAGUGUAUUGUGGAAACUUCCGAUGGAAGCGGUCUCUGAAAUUUUGGUGCCAAGUCAUUCAUUGAGUUGCUCGGAUAUUUUGACAUCAAUUAAAACUUUUCAAAAUGCUUG